AACAGAUUAACAUGGACUCUGAUAUAUUAAUGACAUUUUGAUGUGUUUGUCCUUUCUGAUUUACUCAAAAUAAUAUUUAAGAAAUGGGAGGUAAAACAAAGAACCUGCUUCUUAUGGCCUUGUUGAAUUUCCUUAUAGUCACGUGACCAGUGACUUCCGAGAAGUUCAAAAUACAGCUGCAUUAAAACCCGGGAUUUCAAACAAGUCAGAUAUAGGCACUUCCUCGAAUCUCGAUCCUCUGAACUAAAGAAGGUACUUGUGAACUGUGGAAAUAUUACAAUGGAGUUCGUGGUUAUACUAUCGUUUGGUAUCGUUAUGCUCGCAGCUUUGACAAAUCCAGCUAAGAGUCUAAGAUGCUUCCAAUGUGUGGAUGUGGCUGGUAGCUCAGAUCUGACUUCAUCUACAGGUCACUCUGACCCCAGUUGUAGGAAUGCUCCUUCCUCCUCAGCAGAGUGUCAAUCUGGAGAAGUAUGUGGAUAUUCUAAGGGGUCUGUACAGGGACAUUUGUUUGUGACAGCUGAGGUCAAUGCAGUGGUCAGAGGAUGUAUGCCGUUGCUCGACCGUGACACCAGCAUGGGUUGCCAUAGUAAUAAGGAAGCAAGUGGUAUAAUUAGUGAGGUGCUUUCUUCUCUGAGUGAACUAGGGGAUGUGAAGGUUGAUGGGGAAGUCUGUUACUGUGACACCGAUCUGUGUGUACCUGAGUGUGAUGGCGCAUACAUUGGUCAAUUCUGUGUCAAAAAGUGGAUGUUUGCAGUAGCAGGUGUUGGAGUGCUAUUGGUCAUUAUACUUCUAUGUACAUGCUGCUGUUGUUGCUGCGGCUGCUGCGGCAGUUGUUGCAAGAAACGCCAAGAUGGCUACAUGGUCCAACCACUUAUAAUCACAGACAGGCACCAAAGUGAGAUAAGAGAACAACAACAAGUGAUAUAG